UUUAUUAUCGGAAAACAAUUUUCCAAGAUAAAUCAUUCCCCCCUUUCACCUGCGUGCCGCUUUCCUCUGUUUCAGAUCGACGUACAGCUCUAUAUUUUGUCAUUCCUCUCCCCUCACGAUCUGUGUCAGUUGGGAAGUACAAGUCAUUACUGGAACGAAACUGUUCGAGAUCCCAUUCUGUGGAGGUACUUUCUGCUGCGGGACCUUCCUUCGUGGUCUUCCGUUGACUGGAAGUCUCUUCCAGAUCUGGACAUCUUAAAAAAGCCUAUGUCUGAAGUCACGGAUGGUGCAUUUUUUGACUACAUGGCGGUCUAUAAAAUGUGCUGUCCAUACACAAGAAGAUCCUCGAAAGCUAGCCGCCCUAUGUAUGGAGCAGUGACCUCAUUUUUACACUCACUGAUCAUUCAGAAUGAACCCCGAUUUGCUAUGUUUGGACCAGGUUUGGAAGAACUGAAUACAUCUUUGGUGUUGAGCUUGAUGUCUUCUGAGGAACUUUGCCCAACAGCUGGUUUGCCUCAGAGGCAAAUUGAUGAUCUCAAGAGCAAAUUCUGGGCUAGAAAUCAAGAUUUGACAAUCAUGGAGUCCAUGUGGACUUUGGAGUUUCUGAGGAUGGAGAGGAAGAUUGUGAACCAGGUGGUGAAAUCUUCAGUGAAUGUUUGGAGGAAGGGAUUAUCAAAAGGAAGACAUGAAUGGCAAGAUGAAUUUUCUCGUAUUAUGGCGAUGACAGACCCAGCCUUUGGAUCUGCGGGAAGGCCGAUGCUGGUUUUAUCUUGUGUUUCUCAGGCAAAUGUGAAAAGAACGCCCUGUUUUUAUGUGGCACAUGAGCUGGGUCUGAAUCAUCUGAACCACCCGUGGAUGGUCCAGGAUACAGAGGCUGAAACUCUAAAGGGUUUUUUGAAUGGAAUUCAGUGGAUUCUUGAAGAAGUAGAAUCUAAACAUGCAAGAUGAUCCUUGUUUUAGACCUUGGGAAGUGGAACCAUUUGAAACUUGCUGCUGACGUCAUGAUGUGAAUAUUUGCUCAGUCAGCUCAUUUUGUCCUACCUUUCUGCAGAUGGACUUUAUAUUGGACAGCUGUAGCUGCUGUGUUUUUAAUAUAAUUUUUGCCUUUUACCUUAAAUCAAUUAUAAGAAAAAGUUUCAGUGCAAGCAUUUAGCCCCAAAAUAAACCUUUUAAGAUUUUUUUUU